AUGACAAUCUUCCUUUCUUUUCGAACCAACUCAAUCAUCAACAGCAUAACAUUUCGAACCAACUCAAUCAUCAACAGCAUAACAUUUGACUCUCAGGCUACUCUCCUGGAGCUCUCAUCUCUUGAUCCAUUCAAAUCGGUUGGUGUAGACAGCGUCAGUUCUUAUGUCCUACGCUCGUGUUCUACUUACAUGACUACUCCACUUACUCUUAUCUUUCAAAAGUCAUUUGACAAUGAUGAAAUUUCAAGCUCGUGGUCUAAAGCAAAUGUAACGCCUUUGUUCAAAAAAGGCUCUCGAAUCGAUCCAGCAAACUACAGACCAGUCUCCCUUACCUCAAUCCCAUGUAAAAUAAUCGAGGAUUUGUCAAAAAAGCGAUCAGGAUGCAUUUAA